AUGGCGGCUCGUGGAGAGUGUUCGAAUCUGAUAUCCAUAAAACAGUUUAAGAAAGAGUUUAUGGAGUUUCUUGAACCGGCUCAAUAUGAAAGGAAAAAGUUUGAAAUCGACCUGACCCAAAUGGCUAAGGAAAUGGACGUAUCAAUGGAUGUAGUAACAGACUUAAGCGAAGUAUGCAGGUAUUUUCAAGUCACAACAUCGACGAUCAAAAUAAUUUUGUACUAUAUAAUCCACCUAUAAUCUGCUUAACUUUGAAAAAUUCCUGUGUAAUCCCAUACUAUUCCAAAUAAAGCUUCAGUCAAUCUGUUGUGUUCCCUAUUGUUUGCGUUUAUCAAAGAGCUGUUACACAAAUAAUUGAAGAAUAUGCGGAAGUAUGAUUGUAAGAGGGUUAUAUCUAACUUAUACGGAAUUCUUGCACCCCAAGACUGUAACAAAAUUGGCAGUGCGAACAAUUCUUUGUGUUUAUUUUUUUCAAGAACACUUACAUGUUUAUUACUCAGUACAUCUUUUUUUUCUUUCUUUUUUCUUCUUCUAUGUGAAAAAGUUCGAGCAAUUUAAAGGUAUGUCAAAAAUUGUCUUGGGCUAGUUUAUCAUUAUGGGCAUCGGUGAAUAUUACCUUUGUCAGAUUGACUAACUAUAAAGUCAAUUUUUCUGAUGAGUAAUGCAUUAGAACAUAAUUGAAAAGGGUAUUUUUUGGCAUUUUAGCAUUUUUACACCACUUAUUAGAUACUAUCUAUCAGGCUAUGGGGUAUUAGUUUAAGUCAACAAUCAGCCUUAUUACAACAUUGGCAGUGACUGGGACUGCAAAAAAAUUUCAAGACGGCAAAUUCUGGUUGUCCAACUUGUCUUCAACAUCCUAUUAAUCAGGAAGUAUCAAAAUUACAUUUUAAGCCAGAAUUAAUUCUUACUACUGGACAACACUGUUAUCUAUAAUGCAACCUAAAUGUCUUUUUAACUUUAUGAUCAACUUCUUACUUUUGAAGGGAAAAAAAAUAAAAUGAUCACUGUGAGGAUGUGAGCUGAGAAAUAUAUCAGCCUUUUAAUGUGGAGAUUUAAAAACUUUCUUUUCUUUGUUUUGUCAUCAGUCAUAUCCUGUUAAACAUGAGUUUACUAAUAAUUGGUAUGGUCCCUCUCUGAGAAUAAUUUACCAACGUGGUGAUAAUUCUUACCAACUCUGGUUUCAUCUUAGUGCCCAGCAGAAGCAGAAGGCUUGGAAUCUAUUGAUAUAUUUGGGAAUUCCAUUCCUGAUGGAGUAGAGCUUGAAUCCUUAAAGUAAGUACCGGUAACUGAAAGUGAACCAUUCAUUACAGACUAUUAAUUUAAAGGAAGUAAUUAUAUGUAUCUCAGAUUCUGUGUUCAUCAGCUGUUGGGAAACCACCAGUCAACUCCCACCAAGGAGUACUAUCCCAUUUUUCUUCCUUAUAGAUGUACUGUAAUUUUCCUCUCUUUGGUUGAUUGUCUUUUGCCUGGCAUCCUUCCAGGUAACAACCUAUAGAUUACACAUAGAUUGUUGCUCAAAUUGAUAAUUUAAAAAGUAAAAUAAACCAAGGAGGAAAGCUAAACAGAAUUGAUUUUCUUGUGUCAUUAUGAUUGUAGUUUGCACAAUUCAUUUUAAUUAGUAAAUGGUAACAGUAUCCUUCAUUAAAGAAAAUGAUUUACUGUGUUUAUCAUAGAUGUUAUUUAACCUUGUAAUUCCCAAGAUCCUAGUAUAAUUCUCCCUUCUUAUUACCAUACUUUUGUUUGCAAAUUAGACAAAAAAAUUGGAUCUUAUUCCAAAAUAACAACAUCUAGCAGAUAAACUUGUCUGCUUUUAUAACCUGUUUAAAAGAUAACACAUUGGAAUUGCAAGGAGAAGUUACAUGUUAAUCACUUCCAACCUGUUAAACUGCAGGCUUCUGAAAGAGAGAAGAGGAAGAUUAACUGCUCAUAGAAAAGUUGUGAAUUAUCUUGUAAAGGUAUACACUGCUACUUGUCUAUAGCAAGCCUAAGCACAAGCUCUGAGUUUGUACCAUGUGAUGUUUACCAACCAAUAAUCUGAGGCUGCAUAUUGGUGUGAUUUAUUUGUUAUAGUGUAAUAGAGGAAUUUUAAAUUGAGUGUCAAAAAUGCACUGUAAUCUGGGAUUGCUGUGGUUUUACUUUACUUUGCUAAAGUUCCAUCCCACAAUGCAGACUCUAGUUAUGUUCAUGUAGACUGCAUAUAUUCAUUGGUUGUGUGGCUGUAUUGAUGACAUUUCUAACUGACUAGGUAUUCAUGUGGUUCAUAGCAAUUUCCAGUCUUCAAACUGCCGGGACCAGAGGUGUACACUUCAGUCUGCAUUAUCAUCUGCAUCAACUCACUACUGAUUAUUUUCAUUGAUAGGAAAUACAGCCCUCUAAAGAGCCACAAGCAUUUCAGGAAAUUAAGACAAAUGAGGUUAUCUUGUCAGUUGCAAUUUGUCAUCCCCGUAAGGUCAGUAAAAAUUUAUCACAAAGAAUUAUACCACCAAGGCAUAACUGUAUUGUGCCAUUGUGGAAAAAUACUUUUGUGCCACUGUAGUGUUAUACUGAAUGUUUUCUCUUCAUACCCAUUAAGACACCUCCCUCAUUGUAUGCAGAGGUCUCCAGUUAUGACCGUUUUUAGAUCAGCCAGCAGGGAACACUGGCUGACUUAACUAUAAAAGCUUAAUAUGAAGUUAUGUUCUUCCUUUAGCAAAACAAGGUUCAAGAAUUCCAUGUGCUGGGAAGUCAGGUAAGGUGGAAUUUUAUGUUUAGUCAUAAUUGCGAGAUUGAUAUGAUUAAUGACCUUAGUUUGAGCCUUUCCUUUUUCUCAAAAACAAACAAAAAAAUUCAAAACAGCAUUGCAAAGUUGGCCUCUUUUCUGACAUACACCUUGAAAUGAAAAUGAAGCAACGAUACCUUACUCAUUGAAGGUGAAUGCCAGAUUAAACAUCCUAGAAUUUGUUUUGAAAAAACAAAUAUCACUCAAGAUGAUUUUGGAGUGUUUCAACUAUCUUUGGUUACUUCUCUCUGAUUUCAGAGGGUUGUUUCUGUUUUCAGGUGUUCCUGUUCAGUUUCAAUGACUCUUACUUACAAAAAUAAUGUAACAUUUCUGCAGUAAGCAAACAACAUUGGAAAUAUCUACACUAUGUGCCAGUUGUGGAGGCUUAUUUUAUUUGCUUUAUUGUAAGUGUCUCACAGAAUUACGUGACAAGAUAUUUUGUACUGCUGAUGAAAUGAUACUUGGGGAUCACAGCAAUAAUCCAGACCAAUUAUCACAAAAAAGAGCUAAGGUUUGUACAAUAAUAGAGAGGUUUGAAAAAAUGUUGACUUGAACGGAAAGGGAUGUGAUGUAACUUUUGAUGUCCUCCUUUCACCUGUUUGAGUAGUAAUGAGAUUUACAUGACUAUUUGCAUUUGUUGUGAAAGGGAGAAAAGAGAGAGCUUUUUUUUUUGUACUUUGCUGUGGGAUCCAAUAAGCAAAAGAUUGUGCAAAAUUAGUAGUAGAUUUUCGUGCUCUUGUUUACAAUAAACGAUACUUUGAUCAUGGUAAUCUUAGUGAUUAUGAUAAUGAUACAGAUGAUAAUAAUAUAGUAAUACUAGUGAUUUCAAUUCACGCCUCCCCUCUUGGGACUUUUUGCGGACAAUUUACACUCUGGCAGGAGGUUAAUCAACAUUCAUUUUGUAACCAUGAACCCGCCCAAGGCUUGCUUUGGUAUUUUCCGUUCAUAUCUUUACUUGAAUGUUGUUCGUUCAUUUUAGGAUGUGUUCAAGUCUGGGUUCUUUUUCAUAGAGGGAGUGUUUUACAAUGACAAACGUGAUCCACUUUCAAAGGAUUACAGCAAGUUAGUACAGUUAGUUUAGCUUGUCAUGUAUUCAAAUGAAUACAUGAUAAUCACCACUCGAAUUAAAACCAGCUACGGUUGUGGAUUAAAGUCUUUACAUGAUUGAAAAUAACUUCUACCAAUCUUGCUAGCCUGUAAGAUAGAGAUAUGUCCUGAAAUGCAUGCAGUAACGAAAUCGGCGAAAAUUUCGUCAAAAUCGUCAUCCGCCUGGCUGAUUUCGGUGUGACGAAUUUGACCAAAAUUCGUCAAAAUCGUCAUCCGCAAGGCUGAUUUCGGUGUGACGAAUUUGACCAAAAUUCGUUUAAAAUCGUCAUCCGCCAGGCUGAUUCGGUGUGACUAAUUUGACCAAAUUCGUCAAAAAUUGUCACUUUUGUCAAUCUGAUUUCGCUUUUACAAGUUUGACUAAAAUUCGCGUCAAAAACAUUCACAAAAAUUUCGUGAACAUUCAUUACUUCGGUUUGACAAACGAAAAUUUUCGUCAAAAUCAAAAUUUCAAAUCCAUGAUUUUCAUUCGUUUGACAAAAUUUCGUCAAAUGCCAUUUUCUUACUGGACACAUAAGUUUAAGAUUGGUUUACAUCCUUACUACAUCUGUUUGACGGGAGUAGUAACAGACUUCUUUGGAUACUAAAUAUUAGCCCACUAAAUCUAAGGUUUGGCUUCAAAUUCUAAUAGUUUGUGAUUUUUAUUCGAGUAUCCAAAGUAAUCUGGACUGUUUUGGAUGCUUUACGUCGUCAUGUGAUUGGUCUAGAGAGCACGUGCCACCUUCUCAUCCAAUAAGUUUUAAAACUAGAACCAAAUGCAACUUGGCCACUUGCGUUUUCCCGCGCCUCAGGCAGUUUGCUGUGUUUGUUUUGAGUUCUUAUUGACUGAUAUUCUUAUAAUAACAAUACCAAUUACAGGGUGAUCACUGAGUGGGCCAAAGAUCCACAAAGAAGAAAGUGUCCUGGACUUGGCUUAUUUACCAGUAAGCGAAUGGAGGAUGUAAUAUUUGAAGACCUAAAAGUCAAGUUAGGAUACCCAUAUUUAUAUUGCCAUCAAGGAAACUGUGAACAUGUUAUCAUGUUUACAGAUCUUAGGUAAGAAUAUUCAAGAAUAUGGUAACUGGCAGGUCGCCCGAAAGUCAUCUCGUCCGAAGUCAUGUCGCCCGAGAUCAGAGUCAUGUCGCCCGAAAGUUUUUGUCAUGUCGCCCGAAAGUUUUUGUCAUGUCGCCCGAAAUCCUGAAAAUGUCGCUUGAAUUUAAACUAAAAAAAAAAUCACUUAAAAAGAUCAGACAUAAACCAAGAGUACACUACAGUUGUUUUCAAUUAACAUAUUUGCUUCUAUACUUUUCUGUUUGUUCCUCUUCGCAUGUUAUUUCCGUUCGCUAAGGAGGGUUAAAGGUAAAUGCCUUAACAGUGCAUCUUUGAUCUACUAUCGUCUCGUCGUUGCGUUAGUUUGCAGGUGUCCCAUUUGAGGACGUAUGUCAGUGUUUAUAUUCUAGCCAUAUUUUGACGAGCUGCCAUUUACGAAGUAAUAGCGAGCAUUCGAAAAUAACCGUCCUUGUCGUCGUGGCCAUCCUUUCGUGGACCAUCCGUUCCUGUGUCUCCUUUUUGUGCACCGAAAUACGAUAGGAAAGUGUGGUGGAAGGGAGUGAAAUGAUGAAUCGGUGACAGCUGUGGGUGGCAGACUGACAGAUAAACAAACAGACGGACAGUCAAUAAGACAUUCAGACGAACAAGUAGCUUCAAUCACUAAAAAAGUUGUUUGAUUUCGGCGUUGCUUUCAAAUUUUUAGACUGAUGAAUGUGGACGAUAAUCCGAACCUGAAUGAAUACCCAGUUCAAGUAUUCAAACAUAGAGGAAAGCGAAUCAGGUGCCGCGUGUGUGACGUUUACACUGCAAAGUAAGAGUUCAGCUGGGAGUUCUUUAAGUAUUUACUUGUUAUCAUUAUUUUCAGCCAUAGGAUCAAACUUUUUGGAGCUUUUUCCGAUAUAACUGUCCCUGUAGCAUGUAGUGACGGGGAUUUAGGGGGAUUCUCGACAGGGGAACUCUCCCCUGGGAUGAGAUGCUGGACCAGCCAUGGCAGGAAACCCCCGGGAGGAUACCCCCGGCAGGAAAUCCGAGUCUGCUAUAAGUACCUUCCUAUCCUCCUUCAUCGAUCGCACGAAAUCGCCAGCCGCAGAGCAAGUUUUCCAUACAUUUACUGGACAUUUUUUCUUAAUUUAUUUCAGAUGGGUGACAGUGAAUGAUGUGUUAGCGUACGAAGAACCUUGUUUUUUCUGUGCCACUUGUUUUAAAGGACUUCAUUACUCACACAGCGGAGAAAAAAUCUGCGAUUUUCAGGCCUAUCCAGUGGUUGGGGACUUUGACUGGUGA